GGUUGGUUUUGUUGAACGAUUCCGGGUCGGUCUACACCGCGCUGCACCUCCUUCCUAUUCCUCCACUUCUGCGAUAUCUUCAACUCCAUUUUUCUCCCUUUUUCCUUCUCUGCCCUUUUACUGCCAUUAUAUUGCUCGCUUCUACCCUUGAGCAGUAACUGCUAGCCAAUUUUUUCAACGAAACGCACCAAUCAAAUCAUUCCCUCGAUAACACAUUUCUACAAUUACCAUGUCUGCAAAGGGCUCAAAGAGCUCCGGGGAUGUACUAGGGUCUAUGUUACUUCGUUCUUCUACACCAGUCCUAGACUAUCUUGAGGGUAUGUCCAGGGAUGAGGUUGACAAUGAUCCUCCGCGUUCUCUUGUGGACGACGAGGAAUACCAACACCGGUCCCGCGACGCCAGCAGAGUCCAGUCUCCCUCCAAGAGUCAUCAUAGUGACGCCCUCCACGAACUAGCUAACUCUCAUGUCAGCUAUGGACAAAACAAUCAUGAAGAAGAUGAUGGGGACAUCGCUUCGGAUAUUCAAGAGAGAUCGCAAAACGGUGAAGAGAUUCUCCACAUCCCCGGCCCUCAAGAUCCACCUGGGCCUCGUUAUGAAUCUUACGACUCUGGCCCAUCCUUUGGUAACAUGGGACCAAUGCCAGAAGAAUAUUCUGCCAAUCCAGCUGCCGUGUUCAGCACCUGGAAUCCUCAAUGGGAGCAAGGUCAGCCAUACAAGGUCCCUCUACCAGAGUCCGUUACUUCUCCCAGGGCUGCAUCAAUUGCGAUUGGCGUCGAAUCGCCAUCUAGCAAAAGUACGCGUAACCGCAUCGCCCAAUCAGGAGCCUCUACCUCUCCCAAAGCGGUCCCGAACUCUCCGAGGUCCACAGCCAGACCUGAUCCAACGGCAGCUGAGUAUAGACCACUGUCACCCCAGUCCACCCAGUCUCGUGUGACGGGUAGAACGCGGCCCACAGAGAAGGGCACCGUUUAUCCGUCCCUUCCUGAAAGCAGGGUUGGCGAGGAGGAUAUGCCUUUAAGUCCAGUGUCUCCGACUCGAACGAAACCUCCAUCAAAGGCUGCAUUCCCACGGUCCGCUGCCAAAAGUCGCAGAGAAGGAUCUAAGGUCAAUGGAUCAGAGACUGGAGGGGAGACAGCACCUCGUGUUAAUGGCAAAGGGCGAUCCCCACCAAACGGGUCUUCCGCAUCUCACCAAUCAAGGCCGUUCUCGCCGUAUAGACACGCUGCAACUACCGAAGAUCUCCUACACGCCGUGGUCCGAGGUCGUGUCGUAACCAUUCCGGAAGAGUCUACGAAGGAACCUUCGUAUCAUUCGAGAGCCCCCACUGCUCCCCCUUCUGAGUCGAAAGCAUCCAGUAAACACACCAAGACUGCUUCCGUUGCAGCAUCACAACCUGACCAAAGGAGAGACGCGGACGCCACUCCCACACCAUCGCGUCCCAAUUCACCCGGUGCUUUGAACCAUGAAGAGACUGAGGUCAUGAAAGCGGCAUUAGCUUCCGUUGCACAAACGCCGCGAACAUCAUACUAUGAAGCGUCUGUUCUGGAGCCAGAUGUUGCAAAUUCUCACUUCCACGACAAAGAUCUUUGCGUCUUGUUUCAGUUCUUGAACGACGGCUCAACCCCGGAAGUGGUGAGGAAAGUGAUGCGAAAGGCUGUUCGGAAGAGGGUUAAAGACCUAGGCAUGAAACACGACAACGAGUCAAUCAGGCAGCUACAGAAGAACCAUCAAGGUCACGGUUUCGGCGGGACUCAAGAGGGAGAUAGUGAGGAACCGCCGAGAUGGGCCGCAGAUCUCAAGCGAGAAAUAGUUCUUAUGCAGCAACGCAUUGAAAGCCUUGGACCAAAGAUAGAGAACCUUCGAGCUCCUCCAUCGCUGGAACCAGAAGGCGAGGAAGAGGAAUACGGUCAGACCCCAGUCACGCAGACAGUCAAUAUCCUCACGCAGCCGACGGGGACCAUGGCGGAUUCGACGUAUCAACCUCACACAGAGGUAGUCGUGGACGAGGACGAGGACAACGAACAUGGCAACCUCCCCGAGCAAGAAUACGAGGAGCCCGCUCGUCGCUUCCCGCAUCUUGAUGGUGAAGCUAAUGAUUACUACAACAACGAUCGCGACGAUUCUCCUGGCCAACAGUUCCUUGUCGAGGAGCUCUACAAGCUUAGGCAGAAGCCGGCUGGUAGCCAGUCAGGUCUUUCGCAUCACAGUUGGGAACUUCAUCAAGACGACGAUCAGUACGAUGAUGAAGAUAAUCAGCAAGCGGCUGCUCCAACCAUUCCUGGCUCUGACACCGGCUAUGAUAACGAAGCCCCUCUUCCACCUAUCCCUGCUCAGAGCAGUCGGAGUGUCGUCACAACACCUCAACCUACGUAUGGUGAUGACAAUUACAGCAGUACGGAUAACGGCCUCCUUCCAUGGCAGAAGAUUCACCAGCGCCUCCUAAGCUGGGCCAUAGUUUGGCCGCUUAGUGAAUUCGAUGGAGCCCUGGCGAGUACAAUGAGGGGUCGUCAGGUCAACGAGGUUGCUAUGAGCAUCUGGUCUACACAGACGUAUAAGCGAUAUGUUCGAUCACGAUUAACGGAUAAUCCUCAGAUGCCUGUCGACCGUCUGUUUGUGCCGCCGAACAUGGCUGAUGCAAUCAACAAUGCUGUCUUCCACGGGCGGCACGGGGAUGCUUGUGGGAUGCUGCGAGAUCUGUGGACACCGUUUGGUUUGCAGGGUAUGCCACGCUUGUUAGUGGUCCUAGCUAAGCACAGAUCAGACGAAAACCAUUGGGUUGGUAUGUGUUUGUGUCAUGUAUCAUUUCAUUGUUCUGACCUUUUACUCAAUCAGCCUUUGGGGUGGUGGUUCGCAAUUCGUGUAGCAUGGCCUACAGCCCUCUAUCCUAAUCCCGACCACCUCAUCCAGAAGAUGGUCCGUCUUCACCGGCCAAUGCAACGAAGCGUGGACAACUCUGUCGCUGCUGGAGGCAUAUGGCGCAAUGUCCUGAUGGGUUCACGGCCUGAGAGAAGUCUUGACCUGGAGCGCCUAAGGGAUUUGAUCAACACGGAGGUCAAGAACCUUCGCCAGAGGAAGCAAGUUGGUAAAUUGGCCAUAUCUCCUCCGCAGCCUGCGUGGGAGGAUAUGAAUUAAUGCUGCUGUGAUGGCUGGAUGUAUAUAUAAAUUGUCUGUGCCCAUUCAUUCAUUUUUUUUUUCGUCUUUCACUGUGUGGUAUAUUGUAUAUAUAUACGCUGGGCUGCGCCGAUUUUAAAACUAGUUGGUACAGGGUGAUUGCUUAUGUUACUUAUGAUCUUCACGCCGAACUGUCUUCCCUUUAGGUACGAAUACAUUCCUGAAUGAGCAAUCAUCGUAGAUACAUUGCCUCGACUAUGGAAAUUAUAAAGUUUUACUUACAGUUGUAAGCUUCACAAUCCGG